AAAAAAAAACGCAAAAUUUUCACGAACAAAGUCGCACAGCUUUACCCGCCCACCUGACCGCACCCUCUGCCCACCCCAUCAUGCGCAGUGAGAUGCCCGGUAUGGAUCGCCAGUUCUACACGGGACGCCGACAAGACCAGUCAUGCAUCGCACCACGGUAGCCAUUAGCGCGGUGCUGGUGCUGAGCGUGGCCGGCGCUGCCCACGCGUGGGGCGGCCUCUUCAACCGGUUCAGCUCCGAUAUGCUGGCCAACCUGGGCUAUGGGCGGUCACCCUACCGCCACUAUCCUUAUGGACAGGAGCCUGAAGAAGUGUACGCGGAGGCGCUGGAAGGCAACCGCAUCGAUGACGUCAUCGAUGAGCCGGCGCACUGCUACAGCGCUCCCUGUACCACCAACGGGGAUUGCUGCCGCGGCCUGCUGUGCUUAGACACAGAGGACGGAGGGCGCUGCCUGCCGGCGUUCGCGGGGAGGAAACUUGGCGAGAUCUGCAACCGAGAGAACCAAUGUGAUGCUGGACUGGUCUGCGAGGAAGUUGUACCUGGCGAGAUGCACGUCUGCCGACCCCCAUCAGCUGGCCGCAAGCAAUACAAUGAGGACUGCAACUCUUCAAGCGAAUGUGACGUCACUCGAGGACUCUGCUGCAUCAUGCAACGGCGACACCGACAGAAGCCUAGGAAGAGCUGCGGAUAUUUCAAGGAGCCCCUUGUCUGCAUCGGUCCAGUGGCCACUGACCAGAUCCGAGAGUUCGUCCAGCACACCGCCGGCGAAAAACGCAUUGGCGUUUACCGACUUCAUUAAUUUACCACACAUUACGCCGUUGCGUAAAAUCGUGAAUUGUCAGCGGUAAAAUUUUGAAUUUUAUUUAUUUAUUUCAACAAUGAAUAUUGGCUGGAGUUUCUUGAUCUUUUUAUUUGUUUGUGAAUUAUUUUUAAAAUAUUUUAAGGUUGUUUUAAAAUUAAUGUUUGAAUUAAACAUUUUACAAUUUUACGCAGUGGUAAAAUCAAAUGAAUCGUUUUUACUAAUAAAAAUUAAUGCAAAGCAAACACCUGUAUGAUUUGCAAAAUAAAAUAUUAAAUUACAAAAUUAUUACUUUUCAAAUUUUUAUUAGUAAAAAAGAUUUUUUAAUCUUUUACGAGUUUCUCCAUCGCUACCAACUGUUACUCGUCUUUUAAGUAAAUCUUAUUAACAACAUAUUUUGUAAUUACGCUCAGAAAAAACUAAUAAUGAAAUAAAAUAUUUAUCUUUUAUUCCGAUAUUUAUCUUUUAUUUCAUUAAUUCCGGUAAAAGAUAAAUGAAUAACUCAUCUAUAUGAAAUUUAUAUUACGUUUGUGCGCGUAAUUACGAAAUAAAAGGUAAAAAAAGGAAAAUGGAGAAAGAAAAAAAAACAUGAAAUUUCGCUUCGAAAAACGGUCAACCGAUACGCUACGUUUUAUUUGUAAAAAAGAUGCUUCGAAAAAAAAAAUAUAAAAAAGAAAGAUAGGCAAGGCUAAAACAUAUCAUUUUUAGUUUUUAAUUUUAUUAAGUAGAAUUAGAUGUACGAGAAAAAAAUAUUAAUGUUUCUAUAUCAUAAAAUACUUAUGAAUGUUAUUUAAAAAUUAGAUUUUACGGCGACAAGUAGUUGCGUCUCAUAAUUAUUAAAAAAAAUACAAUUUUAAAGUAUUUAAUCUCUUAAUAUUACGAAUAGAUUUAAAAAUAUAAUUAAUUAUUAAGUCUUCAAUGAAACAAAUACAUAUCUUACUGGCUGAGGCAUUUAGUUAAUAUCGAUGUUAAAAUUAAUGAAAAAAAUACUCUAUUAUUAUAUAAAUACAUAUCAUAAUCGUAUGGCUAGAUGUAAUCUAGGUAAAGUAAGGAGUAUAAUUUAAUUUUUUCGCUUAUAUUCUAGUCAAACUAUCGUACUAUGUUAGGUGCCUAGGUGAUACAUAUCAAGUGUGAAAAUAAUUUGUGUUUCUAUUUAUAAUUAAAAAAGUAUAAAAAAUCUAAUUGUUAUCACAUUUUUAUCGUAUACUCACUGUUUUUCAAUCCAUACGUUGGUUAAUUAUUGAUGUUCUUUCGUAAAAAUAAUAAUAAUAAAGAAAAAGAUAAACUAUUAAUUUAUCUUUUCUAAAUUAUUAAUUUAUCUUUUUUCGACUUUUAAAAAAAGGAAAAAAUAAGUACCUAAAUAGCCUAAAUACUGUGAUGUGUCGCCCCUAUUUUACGAAAAUUUAUGGACAAAAAGAUUUAUGAAUAAUAUAUUUUAUUGUCGAGAUUUAAUCUUUUUCUCUGAAUAAUAAAUUUAUGAAUGUUAAAGAUAUUGGAUAUCUUCUUAUAUAGUUUUCUGUUAAGGCCUAACAAUGCUAUGUACUACCGUUGUUACUCUACAUAAGACUACAUUAUAUGUACCUUGUGAAUUAAAUUAAAUAUGUGUUAAAUUAUAUAAAUUAUGUCUGCAA